AUGGAAUCCAUAGAGAAGGAGUAUGAGAGGCUCCGCAAGAAAUCCAACCUCUCAAAGAGCAUUUCAGAUGUCGACAAGUGCAUCCAGCUCCUCCAGAACGCUAGACAAGCUAUAGCUAAUGACCCAUCCUCUGCAAGAGUGAGCAUUGCGAAGCUCCAGCAAACUGUCCCCGCAGCUCUUGAAAAGAUCAAAGAUGACGAGAAGGAGAUCUAUUCUGGCCUCAGCCGCUACGGCCGUGCUCUCGACAAGACCUUCAAAGCAACUACUACCUACUCCACCAACGACUAUGACGCACUCUCCUCCCAGUCCGACCUCAUCAAGCGCGCCAUCGCCAUGCACCUAAUCCGCGAGGGCCAAUUCGCCGCGGCUUCAACAUUCCGUGAGGAAGCUGGCCCAAUCGACAUCCCCCCGCACCUCACCACCGAGUUUGUCGAAAUGUACGAAAUCCUCAAUGCCAUGCGCAUCCACCGCAAUCUCGGCCCCGCCAUCGCCUGGGCGCGCUCCAAAUCUACGGAACUAGACCACCGCGGCAGCAACCUUGAGUUUGAUCUCUGUCGCUUGCAGUUCGUAUGGCUCUUCUUGGAGCAAGACGGGCAAAUGCGGGCGUUUCACUAUGCGCGAAAGGAGCUUAAGCAGUUUCAGGAAAAGCACCUAGAUGAGAUCGAGAAGCUCCUGGGCGCGUUCGCGUUCCAGACGAGACUGAAAAGCAGUCCGUAUGCGCCCCUGUUUGCAGACCCGGAGAAGUGCUUUAAUGAUGUAGCAAAUGCAUUUACGAAGGAGUUUUGCAGCCUGCUGGGCUUAAGCGCGGAGAGUCCCUUGUAUAUUGCGGCGACGGCUGGAGCGAUUGCGCUUCCAACGUUAAUGAAGAUGGCGGCGAUUAUGAAGGAUAAGAAGACGGGGUGGAGUACGGUUAAUGAGCUUCCUGCCGAAAUUGCACUGCCCCCCGGCUACCAAUUCCAUAGCAUUUUUGUGUGUCCAGUAUCAAAGGACCAGACAACAGAGUCAAACCCUCCCAUGAUGCUACCGUGUGGCCACGUCAUUGCGCAGGAGAGCUUGCAGAGGUUGGCGAAGGGUAGCGCUGUGACAAUAAAGUGUCCGUAUUGUCCGAAAGAGAGCAGUUUGGCGCAGGCGAUCAGGGUUGUUAUUUAG